AUGUGAUGUAGUUGUACGGCGGCUAACUUGACGGUUAACCGGAGUCUCCUCGGCUUCAGGGAGCAAAAUCAACUUUCCAAUGAAAUGAUAUUGAAGUGUCCCACACUGGCGGAGACGAGUCGCGGGAAGCAGCGUUCGGCGCUCGGGUCUCGCCUUUGGAAAGUUCAUGGCGGAUGGGAUGAAAGCGCGACUCCAGCGGCUCAACUUGUUCAACACCAAACAAGAACAGAAGGAUGUUCCUGAGAUCAUCAGUACGUUGAGGCAGGCCGGCAAGAGCUCGGCGCGCAGCGGUGACGUCGCCCCCGUUUCCAUCAAAACGUCCUCUGGAGGCAACGAUGCCCCUGACACAUGCCUUAAGUCUCUCUCCGCGAUGGCAACCUCCGCGGCAGCCUCGGCUGCCAUGUCUCCGACAGCCUUUGCCAAAAGGUUUGAGGUGCUGCUUUGCGGCCGUGCGAGUGUCGCUCACAAGAAGGCCCCCCCGGCCCUGAUCGACGAGUGCAUCGAGAAGUUCGGCCAGCUUAAUGGCUCGGGGGCGAGCAACAAAGGAGGAAAUGGUGGCAGGUCGGCAGGCGGGCAAAAGAGGGCAUUGGCCUUUCAAUCCAACGGACUCGGGGGCAUUGGUGACGACGGCGACGGCGACGUGGGGAGCCCUACAGCCGGGAAACGUCCCAUCCUGUUCAAGAGAGACCCCAGCUUCCCCUGUCUGCAGGCCCUGGAUGAGAAUGGUCUCUCGCCUGAGAUCUCUCACAUCAACACUACUGAUGCACACGCCCACUCCGCCGCAGUACAGCCCACCAGCCUGCAGGAGAACAGGACCAUGCUGUUUAUGGUGGGCCGGUCUCAGAUCUUCUUGGUCAGUCCAGACACUAAGAAAGUUGCCAUAGAGAAGAGUUUCAAAGAGAUCUCCUUCUGCUCACAGGGUAUCCGUCACGUGGAUCACUUCGGCUUCAUUUGCAGGGAGACGGUGGAAGGAGGAAGCUGCCACUUUGUGUGCUACAUUUUCCAGUGCACCGACGAAUCGCUGGUGGAUGAGAUCAUGCUGACUUUGAAGCAGGCGUUCUCUGUGGCUGCCCUGCAGCAGAAUGCCAAGACUCAGAGCGAGCAGUGUGACGGCUGCCCUAUGCAGCACCUUCACAGGCUGUGUGAGAGGAUAGAAGGUCUGCACCCUUCUAAAACCAAGCUGGAGCUCCAGAGACACCUGGCCACUCUGGACAACCAGGAGCAAGCGUCGGUCUUUGAAAACACCAUGAGGGCUCGUCCUAAGAGCGACCAGGAAGAGAAUGAGUUGCUGAUGGCCUCUUUGAGGGGUCUGUAUGAGGAGAGGCAGAGGAGCCAUCAUCACACUCAGCCUGGAGACAGCACACAGGUGUGUGAGGAGGCAGCAGCUCCAGCCCCGGUGGAUUCACAGCAGAGUAGCAGUCGCCAGCGACUCGAGCAGUUCAAGAGCCGAGCCAAGCGCUCGCUCACCGAGUCCCUGGAGGGGAUCUGGAAGGGGAGCAGCAAGGCCCGAGCUCAGAGAGAUAACAGUGUAGGAAGUGACGGCGGCCCUUCCUUUUGUACGCUCAACGGCAGCCAGGACCAGUCUUGUCUGGAUGACCCCUUGCCCGCCUCCUCCCAGCUGCGACCCACCAGCCCACUCAGGUGUCACAACUCAACGGGGGACCUGAAGCGCCUCGACUCCUCCCUCCCCCUGUCCCCCUCGGCUUCCUCUCAACCUGGGGACGCUCAGCCUCAGGGCUUCCGCCGACGGGCUAGCACCUUCAGCCACCCACCCACCCCUUCCUCAGCAGAGAGCUCGCCGCUGCAUGCACUGACUCACACGCCGCAGGACCCCACCGCAGCCAGCAAGCCCAGGCUGGUACGACACUACUCCGUCAGCACCGACACGCCGCACCAGAGCAAUGAUGUAGCAGCUCUGUCUUCGCCGAGUGCAGCAUGCGGCGUAGGGGAAAGCCCUCUACGCGGCCACCGUCACUCGUGGAGGCAGCAGAUCUUCCUGCGGGUCGCCACCCCACAGAAGAACACAGACGCCAAUGAGAGGGGCGACCCCUGUCUCGAGGGGGGCCGACUGUGCGCUGGCCAGGUGGGAGUUGGAGGAAGUGGGGACUCGUCUAUACGGGCGGUGCCCGAGGAGAGGACGAGAAGGAGCAGAGAGGAGCUGAGGGAGCUCUGGAGGAAGGCCAUCCUGCAGCAGAUCCUGCUGCAGAGGAUGGAGACGGAGAACCAGAAGCUACAGGCCACAGAGAGCGAUCUGCAGAACAAGCGCCUGAAGCUGGACUAUGACGAAAUCACCCCGUGUCUGAAGGAGGUCACUCUGGUGUGGGAGAAGAUGCUGGGAACUCCUGCGAGGGCAAAGGUCAAGUUUGACACAGAGACCAUCCACGCUGCUGUUGCACAAGGCGUCCCGAGGCAGCACCGGGGAGAGAUCUGGAAGUUUCUUUCUGAACAAUACCUGCUCAGGCAGACGGUCCCGUCCCGGCCGCCCGCCAAUCCCACUCCGUACAAAGAGCUGCUGAAGCAGCUGACCUCACAGCAGCACGCCAUCCUCAUAGAUCUGGGUCGCACUUUUCCCACUCAUCCGUAUUUCCAAGCACAGCUGGGGGCAGGACAGCUGUCUCUGUAUAAUUUACUGAAGGCCUACUCACUGCUAGACCCCGAGGUGGGCUACUGCCAGGGCCUGUCCUUCAUUGCUGGAGUGUUGCUGUUACACAUGGGGGAGGAGGACGCCUUCAACAUGCUCAAAUUUCUCAUGUAUGAUGUGGGGCUCCGCAAACAGUACAGGCCUGACAUGAUUAUCCUGCAGAUUCAGAUGUACCAGCUGUCGCGGCUGCUCCACGACUACCACAGGGACCUUUACGUCCACCUGGAGCAGCAGGAGAUCGGACCCAGCUUGUACGCCACCCCCUGGUUCCUCACCGCCUUCGCCUCGCACUUCCCCCUCGGCUUUGUGGCCAGAGUCUUCGAUAUGUUGUUCCUGCAGGGGUCAGAGGUCAUCUUCAAGGUGGCCUUGAGUCUGCUGGGGAGCCAUAAGCCUUUGAUCUUGCAGCACGAGAGCCUGGAGUCCAUAGUGGACUUCAUCAAGACCACGCUGCCCAACCUGGGUCUGGUGCAGAUGGAGAAAACCAUCAACCAGGUGUGUCAGAUGGACAUGUCCAAGCAGCUCCAGGCCUACGAGGUGGAGUACCACGUCCUGCAGGAUGAGCUGCUGGACACGCCCCCGAGCCUCAACCAGCAGCAGCGAACCGCGCAGCUGGAGAGGACCAAUCAGAGCCUCCGGCAGCAGAACCUUGACCUGCUUGAAGAGCUGCAGGUGUCGCACGCUCACGUCUGCAGCCUGGAGAGUCGAGUGGAGGCCGUGGCCCAGUCGGAGGGCCGGCUGAGGGAGCAGGUAUCCGCGCUGGAAGGGGAGAAGAAGCAGCUAGCGAGCACCGCCGCGCGCCUCCGGGACCUCCUCACCGGCCUCGGCAUUCACACCACCCCCGAGGGACGCACGCUCCCGCAGCCCCCUGGAAGACGUGCAAAAACGGACGACGGCGAGGGGCCUCUGGUUCUUCCAGAAGGCUCUUAACAGCAACCCAAUCAUUUCCCAAAUGAGGCGUUCCUUACCUCGACGGUUGUCCUCUCCCCGUCUCCAGAAUGUUUUUCUGUUUUUUUUUCAAAGAGUAAACUGGACCUGAAACGGAGAAGAAAAGAAUUGAAAGAAAAACAAAAGGAUGGCACCCUUGAGUGUUUUAUCCCAAAGUGCCCACUUCCCUCUCUCUAAGUAUCCUAAUGAACAUGUGAUUCGAACAACGACACUCCCACACCCCACCCAAAGGGUAGCACUGUCCCACUGGGCCUACACUGCAAGAACAAAACUGCUCCAUUUGCACCUGUACUCGUACGUAUGUCCGCAUCUCUGGACGUCUGUCGCGUGUGAUGUGUUUUAUGCUUGUGUGUCGGAUGAUGCAACGAGGCUAACAAAGCCAAAGAAUGUCUUUAUUAUUAUAAAACAAGCUUGAACAAAGAUUCAGAUCUGAUUUCUGAUUGCGAUUUUUUUUUUAAACGAGUAGUGAAGGGACGGGUGAAGAAAUGAACUUCAUGACAUUGUUUUUUUGUUUUUCCUAUUACACAAGUUGAAUAGACAUAGGCUAAAUUAUAUCAAAUCUUAGACUGCGUUGCUCAUAUUCGGAGCCGUUUCUUGAUGAUUUUUUUUUCCUCCUGUAUUUCCAGUCUUCCUCUGUUGCGUUUUCCAGAUCGUUUCUGAACUAUGAUCUGAACUUUAGUCCCGGUCACGCGCAGGAAGAGUAGCCCAACAAAUCCAGUCCAUUUCACUUCCCGUCUUUUGGACACGUCGACCCGUCGGUGGAAAUGGAUGCCGUUUCAGCAAAAGCCAAAAAAAACAACAGUAGCUGUGCCGUCCCCUUGUGAGGGGAAGUACAGACUUUUACACAUCAAUUGCUUCAAAACCCACUUCUGUCUGAAACUUCAAACGAGGAAACCUCCGCUGGUGAGACGACCUGUCAACUAGGGCUCGUUUACUCUACUCAACGCACUGAAGUCCUUCGACACCGAGGUGCAGCCCGGUGUGUUCCUGUUCCUAAACGUGUGUGUUGUGCACCUCACUGAUGCCGACAAAUCUGUUGAUCUACACUGUAAAGAUAUGAAGCUUUGACUCCUGACUCUCUCUUGCACAUGCGUUUUGUUUUUAAAGUGAACAUUGCUGUUAUUGUCAUCCUGUACUUUAAAAAAUACAUUUCAUAUCCUUUCUGCA